UUGACCAUUCUGUCAAAAAUGUUCAAUAUUCUAUGAUAUUCUAUAUUCAUUUAGUAAUUUUCUCAGGUUAAAAAGUUCGACUUAUUUAUUCUUGAUUUUAUAUUACAAAUACUUGAUUAUUUUUUUGCGACCUAUUUUAGGGAUCAAUUAUAAUUCUCUUAGCACAUUACAUUCAUAGCCUGUGGUACAUGUAGUGUUUUAUUACAAUCGAUUUAUCUUCAUCUUCAAAAUUAAUUAUUAAUGAAAAUGGAUCAUUUAUGUAUUAAAUUGUUAUGUUUAGUGACAUUUAUUCAUAGUUCGAUGUGUAUAGAUUAUGAUGGCUGGCUUAAUAUUAAAAUAGAACACUCUUUAAGAUGUAACGAGGCAUUCUGUCCUCGCGGCAAUAUUUCUCUACGAAGCAUUCGUGCAGGAACAUCUAUCAUAGACCAGAUACCACUGAGUGAAAUGCAUCUAGAGGAAUUGAGGAAUUUAGCAAAAGCAGAUGGAUUUUAUACUGUAAGAGCUUUAGUUUCUUCAGCUGAUAACAAAGGAACUGAAUUUUUGUCAUCAGUAAAAGCUAAAACAUUCCUGGACAAUGGACUUACUGAUGCCAUCAAUGCAUGGAUGCUUCCCACAGGCGCUGUUAUUGCAAUCAACUUCCAAGUGACUAAUUCAUCACAAUCACUACAACAAGACAAAGAUGGCUAUAUAAUUAAUUCCAAGUUUUAUCUACGAUAUGUAGAUCAAGCCCCUGUACCUGAUACAGCAUCAUAUAUACAAAAACUAGAAAGAGAAAGAGAAGCCAGAGAAAGAGGUGAAGUUAAAGAUAAUAGGUCAUUGGCAAAAUAUUGGAUGUAUAUAGUCCCAAUAGCGAUUUUCGUCAUGAUUUCUGGAGCUACUAAUCCGGAACAAGCUGGACAAGCAUCACGCUAAUAGGUUUAUAAUUUAGUAAUUAUUGUAAACCAAAUUGUAUUUAUUAAAUUUGUAAUUACUACCAUC